GACGUGGGGAGCAGCAUGGCAAGCUUCCGACCGGGCGCGCCGGGCUACGGGUCGACUGCUGGGAGCGUCUCCAUGUCGGCCUUCGUCAAGGACAAGAGCCUCGCGUACGUCGAGCGCAUGCUUGCGGUCACGGCGCGGGGCGGCGUCUACUACUCGAACGACGUGCAGGCGACGCUCGCGAUCCCGAGCCAUCUGGAUGCGACCAAGGUCUGCAGCCGCGUGAUCCAUGCACUCAAGCGCGAGCCCAACGUGGUGGCCACCGAGACGUCCGAGGGCAACUGGCGCUUUGAGGGCCCCCACACCUCAAUGGACCGUCCGAUCGUCACGGCCGACGCAGUCAAGACGCUCUACGACGCGAUCCUGCUCGAGCACAGCGUGAGCGUGAGCCUCCUCGUGCGCAACUCGGCCAAGUACCCGCUCUCGAACCUGCGGAACCGCUUGCACAAGACGGGGUAUCUCUCGACCGACGCCAUUGCAACCGCCAUCGACAUCAUCCUCGAUACGGUGCUUCGACACGACACGAGCAUCCGCUUGAUCAACAACGACAUGCUCAUCUCGACCGACAAGACGCAAGACGAGCAGCCGCAGCAAAACGACGACGACGACGACGAGCUCCCGACUGAACGCGAUGCUUUGGUGGCCGUGCUCGCCCACCGACUCGCAAGAAAGGCCAUCUACUCGCGCCGGUCGGUCGGCCUCGUCGAGCAGCAGCUCCUCGUGCACAAGCUACCCGAUACGGGUAUGCGACGCCGCGUCGUGCAGCGACUGCAAGCGAUCGGGUGCUUUCUCUUUGUCGGCGACAACGACGCGACCGCCAUCGUGACGCUGGACCCGGACUGCCUCUCCCGCCCAAUUCAAGCGUUUGGCGACCUUAGCUUUCUGCGGCGGACGUGUGCCAUGUGGCCAGCCGUCAGUAACGGUGUCACCAAGGUCGUGGCACGACCCCCGCCCGUGUCUGUCCCCGCUUCGACGGCAACAACGCCGAAAAGUAGUGCAUAUUCGUCGGCGUCAGGACUGACGCCCGAUCAAGUGCAUGCUGCCGUCGAAGCCUACAUCUUUGCCGCGCAGCAGUGGCUGGAUGCCCAUGCCGAGGCGUGUCCGUCCGCCCACGUCUACUCGUGGAAGGUCGGGCUGACGUUUCCAGUGCCACUCAGUGUCAUGAAGUCCAUCGUGGUCCCGGCCCUCGUGACAGACCCGCGCCUGCGCUACCGUCCGAGCUACCUCACGCUCUACUGCUUUGGCCCGCAAGCGGACGCCAUCUCGGACGACGCACCCGCGACGCUCGAUGACGUCAUGGACCAAGUCGUGCCGCAUUUCCGGACGCGCAUGCUGGCCAUGACGCGGAAAGGCGAGAUGUACGGCGCCGCAGACGUCAUUGGGUCACUGCGUGUGCCACCGCAUCUCACCAAGGACUCGGCCGUCAACUGCGUCCUCGACGCGCUUGCUCGGCACCCCGAUGUCACGUGGCGCGCUGGCGACACGCUCAGCCACUCGGGUUUUGUCUCGAGCGAGAGCCAAGCCAAGCCAGCGACGCCGGUCGUUGUACCGCCACUCGUCGCGUCGCAGUGGGUCAUCACACCGUCGAUGCCGUCGUCGCCAGUGUCCCCGUCGCCGCCGCGCCCCACGAGCUCGCUCACGGUCGACACGCGGCCACGGACACUCUACGAUGCGCUGCUCAUCGAGCACAGCGUCCGCGUCGUCGAGCUCGUGCAUGCGGCGGCCGGCCACGCGUACUUGCUCGAGCACGUGGCGAGUCGCUUGGCGCGCACGUCGUACAUUCCGCCGGCGUCGGCGCAGGACGCGCUCGAGACCGUCGUCAGCAUGGUGCUCCGGCUGGACCCGAGUCUGCGCGUGCUCGAGUCGGGUGACGGUCCUUGCUUGGCGCUGAAGGCCUCGGUGUCGCGGGUCGUGGCCGACAUGGACGCGUCGCUACCGAGUGAGCUCAGCGCCGUCAUGGACGUUGUCGCGCGGCGGUUUGCGCGGCGAAUUGCGUAUGCGCCGAUGCGUUUGGUGUCGAUGGCGAUGCAGCUCACGCAGUGGGGCGUCAGCAACGUCGCGGACGUGCUCGUCGGUGUCCAGGCGCGGCUGCAGUCGGUCGGGUGCUUUGCAUCGGCGGUCGUCGGCCCGGACGUCGUCACGGCCAUCGACCAUGCGUGCUUGCUGCGGCCGGCGAGUGAGUUUGGUGCGCUCGUGUUUCUCCGGCGCGAGCCUCGCUUCACGUCGUCCAGUGACGUCACGUCGCCUUUGACAAAGCCACCACCUGGCAUGAUCCUCUCGCCGAUCAAGCCGACGAUCGAGGCGUCCGUGUCUCUGCCGCCCGCCCUCGCGUCCAACUCGCUUUUGGAUCUGCUGCUCGAUUGGCAUGCGAUCACGCUCGGGGACGCCGUGCACGCGCAGGGCGAACCGAUGGCCGUCACCCGCGUCCACCGGCACCUCGAACGCGCGGGGUACAUUGCGCCGGACCUGCUGCCACGAGCCAUCUCGGUCGUCCUCGCGCAGUUUGCGUCGGACCCGAGCCUCGCGUUGGAGGGCGAUGGUGACGACAUGGUUGUCAUGCCGAUGGGCGACCGCCGUCUGUGGAGUGCGCCGCGGUCAACGCCGUGUGAUGGCCCGAGCAUGGUGCACGCAACUGUGAUUGAGUUUAUCGAGCUCAUCGUCAAGGCGCCGUUGGACUACGUCGCCAUGGCGCGCGUCGUCAAGGAGAAGCCGCGCUUUGGCUACUCGACGAGCAAGACGAUGAAGCUUGUGCAGCAAGCGCUCUUUGAGACCGACUGCUUUCAAGUACUCAAGACGGGCGAGAAGGCGCUCGUGACGAUCGCGCCGUGGGCCCUCAUGCGCAAAGCGAGUGUGCUCGUCAAGCACGCGCUCCUUGCGGACUUGCUUGCUCGCUGGUUCUCUCCGCCAUCGAAUGGCGACCGUCCUCUGGACGAUGCUGCUCCGAUUAUCGACGGCCGCAUCGAGACUUCGACGGCCGCGGUGGUUGACCGAUGGGCCGUCGACGGCCCAACGACCGAUGCAAAUGCACUCGAGGCGUACGUGGCGGCGGCGCUGAAUUGGCUGUCGACGCAUGACGAAGCGUGUGGCGAAGCCGUCAUUUACGACCUCAAGCUCGAGUACCCGGUCUUGCCUGGCGUGAUCAAGACGCAGAUCCUUCCUGCACUCAAGCGCGACCCGCGAUUGCAAAGCCGCCCAAGCUACCUCGCCGGCUUUUGCUUUGGGCCGCGCAGCAAUAGCAACACGAGCGCGCCGCUCUUGACGCAGGUGCUGACGCAGGUGCUGCCGCACAUCAAGCGGUCGAUGCUCGCGACGAUCGAGAAAGGACGGCCGUUCCACGAGUCGGACGUGCGCGGGCUGCUGCGCCCGCCAGCGACGCUGUCGCUCGACGUUGUCGUGCAGCAUGUGCUUGGCGCGCUCCAACAAGAGCCCAACGUUCGCUUUACGCUCAAGAGCGACACGGGGCGUCUGGUGUUUUUCAGUCGCCAGGACGACGACGAGAACGACGACGACGACGAUGACGAGGACGACGAUGAUGAUGAAGAGGAAGCGGGCGACGAUGACGUAGACGAUGAGAACGAUGCCGUCCACGCGGCCGAUAGUGUCUCAGUGACGUCGAUGGCCGAGAGCUCAGCGACGGUGGAUGACGCCAGCAUGUGGAACAUCCGAGCGAUCGAAGCGCUCGUGUCUCCAAAGAGCGAGGUGGCGAGCGACGAUGCGCUCGUGGCGCUGCACCACGAGACCUUUUUGGCGUCGAUCCUUACGUCCGUGGCGUCCGGCGACGUGUUUUACGCGUCGUCCGUCUCGUAUCAAGUGCGUGCGCUCGUGGACGACGACAGCGCGGCCGAGAUGGCCGUGGACGCGGUCCUUGCGUCGCUGCGGCUGCACCCUCAACUGCGCUACUGCGACAACGACGACGGCCACGGUCCGUGCUUUGUGUCGGCGACACGCCCGCCGACGCCACCGCCACCGAUGAUCGAUCCGUCGACGGUCCAGAAACACGUCGCGGCGCUGAGCCAACGCAUGGAGCACGCACUGCUAACGACGAUGCGCUUUGACGUGGGCUUUGUGCCUGGCGUUGGCGACUACACCAGCAGCGACCUCGCGCGUCUCGUGGUCGCCGAGGUCGCCAAAGACCCGCGCUUUGUACUGCGCACGACAAACGAACGCCAACCGUACUUUGAAAAGUCGAGUGCGUCGCUCCGCACGCCAGUGUCGCCGCCGCGGAAGCCCGAUCCGCACGCCCGGCCGGCGGCCAUUCCGGUGGAGCCAGUCGCCUUGACGCCGCCGGUACCUGCGCACGUGGACGACACACCGCGACUGGCAAACGUCGAGUUUCACGGGUCGGUCGCCGUGAUCAAGACGGCGGUGCAGCUGCGCGACGUCGUGGCCGCGCACGCGAUCUUGCGCGAGCCGUGGCUACCCGGUCGUAUCGCGCUUGCCAUCCACGGCAACGGGUCUGCACUCUUGUUGGCGAUUGCCUGGGGAACCGAAGCACUUAUCGUCGACUGCGAGAGCACCCGCGUCGAUGUCGUUGCGACGCUACUGCAGCCCGUGCUCCUCUCGCCCAGUGUCUGCAAGGUCGUAUACGGCUCGCAUAUGCAAGCCAGCGCCUUGGUGCGAUUGGCCAACAGUCCGAUCGCCUCACUCAUUGACUUGGAGCUCCUCCUCGAGCACCAGACGUCGCGCUUCAGCGUCUCGUUUGCCGAGAUGCUCUCCGUCGUCGGACUGCCUGCGCACCCGCACCCGCGGUACCUCGACCGCCCCGACUUUUUGAACCACCGCCCGCUGCUUCCAGAAGCCACGCAAGCCGCGGCGGCGACGGUGCAGCUGCUGCUUCAAGCCUCAGACGUGCUCGCCAAGGCCAUUUUUGACAACAUAUCGCCGCUCAUGACCGCCUCCAACCAGAGAAUCCAUCAGGCCAUUGCUUGCGAUGGUCAGCGGUCGCUGUGCUUUGACGCGCAGCAGAAUCAGCGACUCGUCUCGACCGAGUACCUCCAGGCGUGGCGACCCCACGAUGUUGUUUCGAGUCCGCCAGUGGUGAUCCACGAAGACUUGGACGACAUUUUGGGGCUAUUGCCACCUGACCUCGCGGCGCCACUGCUCCAACCAGAGGUCAGCGCCAAGCUACUGGACAUUGUCUUGGACAUCGGACGCCGACCGUGGGCGUGGGUCAACGGCGCACGUUUCUUCCUCGAUCCGAAUAACCACGACCGCGUCGUCACGAGAGACGACCUCGAUUCGAUCGUGGAGCGCGUCGGCGGCUUUGGCAGCGACAACCGCGCCGGCCUCGAGCGACAACUGCACCGUAUCUCGGCGAUUCGCAACCGCCAAGACAGGAUCAUCGCCCUGACGAUUCGCGUCGGCCGGUACAUUGAAGGCAACGCGGGCUUGAUCGCGGAUCUUCUGGCAAUGGAAGACAAAAACAUUCUCUUCCUCGGCGAACCGGGCUGCGGCAAAACCACCAUCGUCCGCGAAGUCUCUCGGCAGCUCGCCACCAAGUACAACGUGUGCAUCGUCGACACGAGCAACGAGAUUGCAGGUGAUGGCGACAUUCCGCAUCCGUGCGUGGGCCUGGCGCGGCGCAUGAUGGUGCCGUCGCUCGACGACCAAGCCGCUGUGAUGGUCGAGUGCGUCCAGAACCACACGCCCGAGGUCAUGGUCAUUGACGAGAUUGGUCGCCCGAACGAAGUCGAGGCCGCGCGUACGUGCAAGCAGCGUGGCGUGCGCAUCGUAGCCUCGGCGCACGGCGACCUCCGGAAGUUGCUCAAGAACAAGCCGCUGCGAGGUCUUGUGGGCGGCGUCGAGUCGGUGACGGUCGGCGACGCACUCGCCAAGGAGAAGCAAAAGAAGGACGACAACGGGCCGCUGCGAAAGCUCUUGGCGCAGCGUGGUGGUGAGCCGAUCUUUGAAGUGGUUGUGGAGCUGCGUCGGGGGCAGUACAACGCGUGGCGCAUCGUGACGGACGCUGCGUCGGCGGUCGAUGGCAUUUUGGCCGGCGAGGCGUACAAGGCGCAAGUGAGGACGCGGGCUCUGUACGGCGGCGUGGGCUUUGGGUACGAUGUCGAGUCGAUCUAAACUCGGAGACCUAAACCUAGCAUUUUGAUAACAACGUCGAUGUGAUGCGCUCUGGA